CGAUUUCUGUGCCCUCUGUUGGCAGUCAGCUGAUAACAUUUAUCGGUUGCGGUUUUCACAAGUGUUCUUUCUAUUUUCUAAUCUGCUUCUUCCCUGUAGUUUCAGCGUUAGGGUGGUGCUACCAAAAAGCUCGUCUGUCUUGAAUUAUUAUUGCAAGGACCUUUAUUAAUAUAUUAAAAUGUCUUGGCAAGCAUAUGUGGAUAAUCAAAUUUGUUCACAAGUAUCCUGUAGAUUAGCUGCAAUAGCAGGAUUACAAGACGGAGCGAUAUGGGCCAAAUUUGAAAAAGAUGCAAGCGUUAUGCCGGUUACACAACAAGAACUGAAAGUAAUUGCUGAUACUAUGCGAACCAAUCCUGGCUCUUUUACAGAAUCUGGUAUAUAUCUUGGAGGUGAUAAAUAUUUCUGCUUGUCUGCUGAAAACUCAUUAAUUAGAGGUCGAAAAGGAAGUUCUGCGCUAUGUGUUGUUGCCACUAAUACCUGUCUCUUAGUUGCCGCGACUACUGAUGGAUUUCCACCAGGACAGCUCAAUACAGUAAUUGAAAAAUUAGGAGAUUAUCUUCGAGCCAGUAACUAUUAGGUUGAUUGCCAUUCACCCCCUUCUGUGUGUGAAAGAAUCUUCAACUUCUGUGAAGACUUCCAGUUUGUGGCAUUGUCUGUGUUAAGAGGAGGGAAUACACUUAAGGUUGUAUUUUCUUCUCUUGGACCUGCAACAAGAAAUCUCCACCCAAGAAAUUGCUCUGGAUUAAAACUCAAAUUUCUAAAUAAUCGAAAUAACUUUUUUCCAAACUUUUUGUACUUAAUUCUUUUGAUAUAUAAAUACAUCCUGCUUUUGCUUUAUAUUAUUACCAGUGUACGUGAAAAAAAAGUGCUAGUCACCAACUUGCGUUCAAGUGGCCGCCAUUUUUAACUGUAGUGGAGAUUUAAAUUUUGAAUUUAAUUGAAAAUUUUGAUGGGGGGUGAAAGCAGGUAUUCUUUAUAUAUAGUGACUUGUGCUAUUGUUUUUUGAAAGUAAUUAGUGUAGCAUUGAAAAUCAUACCUGUUUAGUAACUAUUUGCAUUGCUAAUCUAUGAAAAAAAAUCAAUGUUCGUGUUAGUGUCUGAUGCCGCAUUUUUAGUUUUUUUUUUUAUUUGUCAUGCGUAAAUCUACACUCAGUUUUGUAAUUCUGCUAGUGUUUUAUAUAUUACAUUAAAAAUUGUUUUGGUUUUUGAAAGAUUUUAACUACAAAUUUUUAUUUAAUGUUUGCAUUGAUAAUUUUUUUUUUUCAAAUUUUGGAGUGAAAUCAUUUUUUUUAAGUAUUGAGAUUGUUUUUUUGAUUGGCUUGCAGUUUUCAUUUAAGCAUGUAACACAUUCCAUUUAAUAUUUACAGCUUUUUUUUUCUUAGCAUGUAUCAAUAAAUCUCAGUGGAUUCUGAUAUUGAAUAUCCCAAACCUGCUUUUUGUAAAAUCAAUAACACCCUCUGGGUAACCGAAUAAAAGAUGUCAUUCCAA